AUGGUGGGUCCCCCUCGCUCCUGCGACACGGUGAGCGUGCUCAACCAGCUGGCACAGAGGAGGCGGCCAGAUGAGGUGGCAAGUGCCAUCCGGGCCUUAGAAGCCAAAGGAUUGCAACCAGCAAUUUACCACUUGAAUGCCGUGCUGAACGCUUGCAAGAGGAGAUGGCAACAAGCGGUGAAGCACAUGGAGGCGAUCCGCCAGCAGGCAGUGGACUUGAACAAGUUUAGCUACACUGCAGCACUCAGCGCUUGCGAGAAGGGAUACCAAUGGAGAAUGGCGGAAGAGUUGUUGCUGGAGAUGCCUCGACGCAAGGUGAGUUGCGACAUGAUUUGCUGCAAUGCACUCAUGAGCGCAUGUGCUAGCUCGGGGGAAUGGAAAGAAGCCUUGCAUUGGCUUUGCACGAUGCUGCAUCGUGACCCCAUCAGUUACAAUGCAGCCAUCAGUGCUUGCCAACUGGAGGGCGAAUGGCCAGUGGCUGUGGCUCUGUUGGCAGAGAUGUCAGACAUGCGUUUGCCACCGGUCUCCGCAAACUGGAAUGCUGCGAUUCGAAGCUGUGCUACAGCACUACGCUGGGAUGUUGCACUCGUGCUCUUAGAAGGUCUGGUGGCAUCGGGCUUGCAAGCUGAUGUGAUGUCCUUCACCUCGCUGCUGGGAGGUUGUGGCACCCCAAGCACCUGGUCAAUGGCCCAGUCUGUGCUCGCCCACAUGCAGAGUGAGGCCAUCGAGGGAGACAUCGUCUCGGCCAACGCGGCGGGCAAUGUGAGUGCACAAGGAGGUCGUUGGGAGAAUGCUUGGAGCCUUUUUGAGGACUCCUGCCGCCAGUCAAUCCAAGCUGAUCAAGGUUUAGUCAGUGCCAUUCUCAGCGGGACGAGGGCGGAUGAAGAUCCCCAGAGUUGGAUCUUCGCCGUGGAUUUGCUGGGCGGCAUGGAGGAGAGAGGGUUGGUGCCUGGAGUGGUCAGCCGAUCGAACGUCUUGGCUGCUUGCGGUUGCACCGCGUGGACUGCGGCACUGCAGAUCUUGGAUGGUGACCUAGACCUGGACUUAAUUUGCCACACCAUGACCAUCAACGCUUGGCAAAGUGUGCGGCGAUGGCAGGAAGCCUUGGUGCUCUUCGAUGCGUUGCCCUGUCGGCGCUUUCCGCCGGAUGGCUUUGCACACGUGGCUGGCCUGGCCUCCAAGCGACGAGGCAGUUGGUCCUCUGCAGGGCGACUUUUGCAUUCCUUGCAAGACCGAUGGGUGGAAGCCACGGUGCAUAGUCAUGGUGCAGCAAUGAGCCUCUUGGCACGCGAUGGUCACUGGCAAAAGUCCUUAGACUUCCUCAGCUGUGGCCACGCCCGACGCAUGGCCCUCACGGUGAGCGCCGCGAAGAGUUCCGCGGUGAACGCCUGCAAGGAGGUGGGUGACUGGUCGCAGGCACUGUCACUGCUUUGGGAGAUGUCCACCUCGGACGAGAAGAUCUUGCAAUUCUCUUGGGGUGCAGCCAUUAGCGCAUGCCGAAGCGAAUGGAUAUUGGCUGCAGAACUCUUGUGUAAGAUGUUCACUGCAUCGCUCCAAGUGGAGAUGGUCUCCAGCACUGCCGCUGCGGCGGCCGCCCUGGCCGAAUCCUGGAGGAUUGCGGUGUCCAUGCUCAGCUCGUCUCAUCGCCUGCGCAUGGACAUGGACGAGAAGAGUUUUUUGCUGGCGUUCAACGGACUGCGGAACAGCCAGCAGUGCAUGGACGUGCUGGAGGAUUUUGACGACUUGGUGUCUCGGUCGGUGUCCUUCCGGCCCUGGGCCUUGGCCUCUUCAGCCUCGAGGGAUCCAGGCGCUUUACAUGCUGCUUUCGUGGAGGCAGCCGAUCGUAUCGAGAAGGAAGUAGUUGAGCCAAUGGAGUUGGCCAGCCUUUGGUGGGCCACAUCAGUGGUUGGAGCGAAGAAUCGGAAGUGGACGCAGAUCUUGAGCCAACGGGCACUGGAGCAAAUUCACCAGUUUACCUUCGAUGAGUUGCUGGUGGUGAUAUGGGGAGCUUGUGGCACAGCGUGUGAUGCUGUGGUCCAGCUGUGCUUUCAAAAAGAAAUGGCCGACCGCUUGGCCAACUUCGAGUGGUCUCACCUGCCUGCACGCUUCGGCCAGAGGGUGGCCUUAGAUGCCCUAGGCUCAUUGUGGGCGUGCACCUAUUCUGGAACCCUCACUGGCGAAGCAUCGCAAUGGAUCCGUUCCUCCUUGUCACGCCUGGGAGGUCAGUUGGACGGAGGUCCGUCAGCCCACGGGUGCCGGGCCCCCGCGGCGGUCCCCGAAGACCUCCACGUCACGGCGCCGCACAUCGUGAUGGAUACAGGGGACAGAGUGGUGCUCUUCAAACCGCCAGAUUGGGAGGUGCACGAUGCCAAUGCCGAGCUGCAGCUGGCCAGCUUCAUGGAGGCCAUGUUCGGGAAGCUGCCCAUCCUCAGAGAUGAAGCGCAUGAACACGGCUUCUUGCAUCGCUUGGAUGUGCCAAGUUCGGGCCUCAUUUUGGCCGCCAAGUCCUUUGAGGCCUACUACGACUUGCAGGUGCAGCUGGUGACACGACGAGUUCCACGGGAUUACUUGGUGCUUUGUCAUGGUUGGAUGGAGGCACAUUUGAGUGAAAUCACCGCACAGGUGGUCAUCGAAGAUGGCGGUCGCACCGUGUCGGGCGGUCGAGGCAAACCAACGCUGACACAUGUGAAGGUCCUGGCUCAUGCGCGUCACCCGAGCUCGAAGAUGAGUUUGCUGGUGAUCCGCCCCCUGGACGCGCCAUCGGGUCGUCGGGUCGUCGGCGAGAAGGGUCGGUCAUGGAGCGCUGCGCCCGGUGGCUGCGGCCGAGGCAUCGGAACGGGACGACGGCAUCAGAUUCGAUCUCACUUGGCGCAUCUGGGACAUCCCAGCGCGACCUGGCGAGAACCGGAAGGGCUGACCUUGAAAAAGGUCUAA